AGGAUCACCUGCCACUAAAGCAUAUUAAGAUAAAAUGAUAACCAACUUGGCGCAAGAAAUGUAAACAUACUUCUGUCUCGUCUAUUUUCAUUCGAUUUUCGCGUCUAUUGGACCAGCCAUUCCGGAUCUCGCAUACACAUCCCCUCGUCACCAGUUGCCAUGCCCCAAGGAUAGGAACUUUGACAUAUGUUUCCUCUCAUCCUAAGCUCUCAACGUUGUCUGCCACAGGCUAGGAUAGACGGGAUUAUCGCCAAUUUGGACCUGUGCUCCAUCGACAUUGAUCAUUGUCAUCUUGAGCCAUCCGUACGCCAUGGCCACCCUCUUGGAACUUCCUGAGGAUGUGAUCCACUCGGUAGCGGAGCUUCUUCCCGUCGACGAUUUUUUCUUAUUGCGGCUGUCCUGUUGGAGGUUGAAUGCAAUGUCCCUUCACGCCUUUAUACGAGUCUAUUUUCAGACUUGUUAUCAUCUUUUGGAGAUGGAUGAUGAGCAAAGUAGAGAUUUUUUUGCUUUUCUAGAGGCAGGUUGGGGGCGUGGAUAUCCGUGUGAAGAGGAGUUUGAAGAGGAGUUUGAAGACGAAAGCGAUGAGGACCUUGAGAUGGAGGAAGAUGAUAAAGAGGACUUUUGCGACCGCGUGUAUCGUGAACGGCUCGAUGACCAGAAAACACUUCUCCCUGGGCACGAUAUCAUUUACCUUGCAGAGGUGGGCAGCGAGCUGUCAAGGGGCUUUCAUCCUGAUAAUGUUGAGGAUGAACAGCUUGUGCAGCGUAUAUUGCAAGUCAUGCUUAGCGCGGUGGCCAAAAGCGAACUACCUGUUGAGAAACUUGACUUCUACCUUGGUUAUGUAGAUGAGCCAAAAAGCGUCAACCCCAUCAGCCCCCAACUGCUUGACUGGCCAGUUUAUAACAACCAUGCUUGUGGCUGGGAGAAGAGAGCCAUGGGAUUUUUUGACCUCUUCCUUCAGCUGUUGCACUUCACGUUGGCAUUUGAUGACGAAUUCGAUAAUCACACAGUAUUUCCAAUCUUUUCGGAACUGUUGAAAAUACCACAAUUGCGGGUAAUGGAACUCGCCCGAUUCGAAGCCACAGCCGCCGAAUUGACCAAAAUGCUUUUACGGCACCAGUCGACGCUUGAGGAGAUAACAUUGCGAGAAGUGAAGAUGAACGAGGCUGGGAGCUGGACUUCUGUAUUGAGCACCCAAUGUUUGAUCGGAGAUUGGUUCUUUAUGGACGUGUCGGAUGAGAUAGAUGAGGUAGUCUCUAUCAAAGACAGGGAAAGGAUUGAAGAGCUUGCGGCCCAGAUAGAAAUUGUAAGUGCUGAGAUGGCUGCUAAGUGAAGGCUGGAUCUUGAAAUUUGGAU